CCUCGUCAUUUCUGACGAUGACCGGGUGAGGCAUAUGUAAAACACAACCUUGAACUGUAUGACGUCAUAUGAAAUACUCGAAUAAUUUUGUCGAUGUCGAAUGAACAAGAAAUAUUGUUUUCAAUGUUGUUUUAAUUUAUGUUGGUAUGAGUGAUUUCACGCCGGGUAUGCGGAUACGUUGAUACCAGAUGGCACUUCGAUACCUGAUCACAACCAAAGCCACGCGCGAGAGGAUGAGCGAAUCGGAGUUAAUGAAUGCCGCCGACGGCUCGUUGUUAGACAUUAGUUUAGAAGAGGAGUUGUCUACUAGCGAGCGGUUCUCGUGUGGAAUUUGUGAGGCCAGUUAUGCUAGGAAAGCCAACUUGAAGCGCCAUUUAAAGACACAUGAGGAUGGAUGCAUAAAGUGCUCAGUGUGCACUCAGUUCUUUAAGACUGAUGAAGAUGAAAGAAAACACAUCGAGGUGAAACAUAGCCCUAUCAUGUGCGAAAGCUGUGGAAAUAUUUUUCAUGAUGCAAUUCUAACGAGCACCAAUGACAAAGAAUUUUAUGAAGAACAAAUGUGUAUUUUCCGCUUUAAGACCCCUUGCUCCUCUUAUCUAGAGUCCUGCUAUAAGUUCAAUUGAACACAGUCGUGUUGAUCUACAUGAUCCGUUGUAUUUUCAAUUCUCUUAAUCUCAAUUUACCACUAAAA